GGGUCACCAGGCAUCAGGUCAUUUGGCUCAACAGCGGGCACCGCGUCAUCUGGCAAGGCAGUGGGCUCCGAGUCAACAGGCACGACAGUGGGCACCGGGUCAUCAGGUACCGGAUUGUCUGGCUCGACAGCAGGCAUCGGGUCACCAGGUAUGACAGCGGGCACUGGGUCACCAGGCAUCAGGUCAUUUGGCUUGCCAGCGGGCACCGCGUCAUCUGGCAAGGCAGUGGGCACCGGGUCACCAGGCAUUGGAUCGUCUGGCUCGACAGCAGGCAUCGGGUCACCAGGCAUCAGGUCAUUUGGCUCGCCAGCGGGCACCGCGUCAUCUGGCAAGGCAGUGGGCACCGAGUCACCAGGUACGACAGCGGGCUCUGAGUCAAUUGGCACGACAGCGGGCACCGGAUCAGGUACCGGAUCAUCUGGAUCAACAGCGGGCAUCGAGUCAACUGGC